AUGUGGAGGAGGAGGUCAUCCACUGACCAGAAACAGCCUUCCAGGGUAAUCAGUCAAGAAAGCAACGUGGGUCACCAGCAGCUCUACUGGGGCCAUUUGAGAAAAUUCAGCGAAGGUUCUCACUCUUGCUGGGUCUGUUCAAACAGGCACGGUCUGAUCCGGAAACACUGCCUCAAUAUGGGCCACCAGUACAUGAAGGACGUUGGCUUUGUUAAAUCAGACUAA